UUACCCAUUCUACUAUUUAGAAGAAAAUGAUGAAUAGAAGAAUAAACAAUCAUCCAGGGCCAAUCACAAAAGGUUUCCUGAAGGAGGAAAAACUUCAAGAAUUGAUCAGCUUCAGAGUAGAGGGAUUGAGUGAAAACAUGGCAGCUAUACUUUGAGAGAAGAGCAGAAAUUCUCAUAAGAAGGAAUACCUGAUGACAGUUUGACUACCAAAGGGUUCCUGGACUGGUAGAUCAAGAGAGACCUGGUAAAUUAAAAAGUCCCUGGAUUUCAUCAAGAGGUAAUAAGGAGCCACUAAAGCAGACCUGUGCAUUAGGAAGAUUACUCUGGCAGUUGAGUGGUGAGGAAAUGCUAAAGGAUUCUUCUGUGUACUGAACAACAUCUCUUGGUGAUCUCCUGUAAAUUCCCUGCAGAGUUACUCUCAACCUCAGGCAGAUGAAAACUGAAUUUUGUAUACAAUACAAAAAGUGAGAAGAAAAAGAACAUGACAUGCUUCAUAAAAAAGAAUUAAGAGGAAGACUUAUAAAGACAUGGAACCCAUCAUCACAGGGUGGAAGAAAGUAGAGUGACAAGCCUGCUACUGAUACCUAUGAACAAUCUCACAGUAACUUGUAUUUAUCGAACUUUAAGAUUUUCAAGUAAUAUGCUGCCUUUGCAGGACAAAGAGAUGUUAAUGGUAAGAAGGCUAUUUAUUCAAUAUACUGCAUAGAAGAGCUGCAAAGACAAUGGCUUCAAAGGUCUCAUGUCUCUAUGUUUUGACAGUUGUGUGCUGGGCUAGUGCUCUUUGGUACCUAAGUAUAACUCGUCCUACUUCUUCCUACUCCGGCUCUCGGCCAUUUACUAAUGUUGCUGCGGCCAGGAAGAAUGUUACCUUUGGUAAUAUAAGAACUCGACCUAUAAACCCACAUGCAUUUGAGUUUCUCAUAAAUGAGCCUAAGAAAUGUGAGAAAAGCACCCCCUUUCUUGUCAUCCUCAUUAGUACCACACACAAGGAAUUUGACGCCCGGCAGGCUAUCCGAGAGACGUGGGGAGAUGAAAACAACUUUAAGGGGAUCAAAAUCGCCACUCUCUUUCUCCUAGGGAAGAAUGCCGAUCCUGUUCUAAAUCAGAUGGUGGAACAAGAAAGCCAAAUUUUCCAUGACAUCAUCGUGGAGGACUUCAUUGACUCAUACCAUAACCUCACCCUCAAAACUUUAAUGGGGAUGAGAUGGGUUGCCACUUUCUGCUCAAAAGCCAAGUAUGUCAUGAAAACAGACAGUGACAUUUUUGUAAACAUGGAUAAUCUCAUCUAUAAACUACUAAAACCCAACACCAAACCAAGGAGAAGAUACUUCACUGGCUAUGUCAUCAAUGGAGGACCAAUCCGGGAUGUCCGCAGUAAGUGGUACAUGCCCAGAGAUUUGUACCCAGAUAGCAAUUACCCGCCGUUCUGCUCAGGGACUGGCUAUAUCUUUUCAGCCGAUGUAGCAGAACUCAUUUACAAGACCUCACUCCACACAAGACUGCUUCAUCUGGAAGAUGUGUAUGUGGGACUGUGUCUUCGGAAGUUGGGCAUUCACCCUUUCCAAAACAGUGGCUUUAAUCACUGGAAAAUGGCCUAUAGCUUGUGUAGAUAUCGCCGAGUUAUUACUGUGCAUCAAAUCACACCAGAAGAAAUGCACAGGAUCUGGAAUGACAUGUCAAGCAAGAAACAUCUCCGGUGUUAAGAUUUGUACAGAUGUAAAUGUCUUUUGUUUUCUCUUUCUUUCUUUUUUCUUCCUUCUUAUUUCCUUCUUUUCUUUCCGUUUUUCCUUUUUUCUUUCCUUCCUUCCCUUUUUUUCUUCUUUUCAAUUUGAGAGCCUAAAUAACUAGGAGUUUACACCUGUAACUAUGGGGAAUGACUUGUGAAGGAGUUUGCAAAAAAAUAAUUUCCCUCCAUCUUCCCUAAUGUCUUAAUUCCUUUCUUUGAUCACCAGUUUACAAAUGUCACAUUCUCAUUAUACAAGUAUUAUACAAGUUUAAAGUGCCAGAUGCUAACCUCAGGGCAUAGGGCAUUACUGUUUAACUCAAGAAGCAUCUCCCAAAUCUGUGCACCCCAAAGGAGAAACUGGCUGAAUAAUACGCAGCUACCUAGUCUGUAUCUGAGUUGGAAAUCUGGUUUUGAGAGAAGGAAAAUCACCUCAAAAUGCCUUCAUUUUAUCCCUUCAAAGACAAAAUAAGUUUAUUUAAAAACCCAUUUAGAAAUAGAGUCAAGACACAGUGACUGGGAGUAUUUUUGUGUGAUAUUUACAUUGGUUUUUUCCAUAUAUUGGCAUGUAAAAUGUGUGAUAUAUACAAUUCCACUCCCAAAAAUAACUUAGCAUUGGCAGAAAGACAGGAAUUGGAUGUGUGGGAAUUUGAACUUGAGAAUCUGAUGUUCUGUAAGUUCAGGAACCAAUUUUAUUAUUCAUCCAAGGAUUAAACACGUGAUGGGCAGCAGGUAGAAUAUAUAUAGAAUGCUAUUUAACAAAAUAAAUAGAAGAUUUAUUCUUAGUUCUUUCAGACAAACAUAAGAUUGUGCCUCCAAGGGAAAUUGCCAAAUGUAACUUUACCUGCCUCUACCCAGUAUGCAAAAUCACUGAGUGGUACACUAGGAGUUUGUAGGUCAUGUGGGCACAGGUUCCAGAGAAGGAAAUAAAGGGAAUAUGUGGCCAGGAAGAGUAAUACAUAACAGUGCAAAGAUAGCAGAUUCUGAAAGUACCAAAAGAAUUAGAGCCUAAGAAUCAACUAAGGGGCUCUGCUAAUAAAUAAGAAAAUGGUGAAUGGGCAUCAAAUCUGGUUAGUACACACCAUGAGUGUAGUGCAUACUUUAGUACAAUUGAAUGUCAAUAUUACAUGUAAUUGCAUUAGCACUGAGGUCUUCUCAGGGGCAGAGGUAUAAGAGAUUUGCAGUGAGGGUAGGUAAGCCUGCCACAAGACUCAUAGUGUCAAAGGAACAAAUGAUGGAAACCUCAGUGUGCCUCAAUUUAUUCAUUUGCAAAAUGGUAAUUAUUAAAAAAAAAAAAAACCCUACCUCCCAGAUGCUGUGAAUUUUAAUUCAUGUUUGCUAAGUACUGAAAUCCUCAGCUGAAAGGUGCUAUGUAUGUGCAAAGUAUUAUUAUUGUUAUAUUAUUAUUAUUAUUGCUAUAAUCCCAGUAACCAGGAAGUAAUAAUGAGAAACAGAGGAGGUAUGGUGUCUGGAGGGCUAGUCUUGAAGUUAGGAAGACUGGGUUCCUGUCCCAUUUCUAACACUGUGGGUAAAUCACUUAUUCUCUUAGUUCUUCAAGUGUUUUAACUCUACAAUGUCUGAUUUGUAUGGGGCAGAAAGUUUCUACAUUGAGAAGUUCUUAUUCAGAUUUAAAUCAUGGAUCCAGUUUCCACCCCCCCCAAAAAAAAAGCAAACUACUAAUUAUCAUCAGUAAUACACCACAUGUAUUGACAUAAAAUUCAUUACACUUAAUCUUGACUAUUGAUCUUCAUGCAUCAUAAAUCAUUAAAACAUUUACUUCUCUCUAGUCUAAAUUAUAACAAGAGUUCUUAACCUGGAAUCCAUUUUUUAAAAAAUGUUUUGUAACUGUUUCAAUAUAAUUGGUUUUCUUUGUAUUGCUACAUAUUUUAUUUUUUUUGAAAAGGUAUUCUUUUUUAUCAUUAUAGCUUUUUAUUUACAAGAUAUAUGCAUGGGUAGUUUUUCAGCAUUGAAAAUUACAAAACCUUUU